AUGGAAAUGGAAGAAGAGAAGGAUUUGCCUCUGUUAUUGGGAACCCCUUUCCUUAGUACAGUUGGCGCUUCAAUAGACUUUCACAAGCAAGAAGUGAUCCUUCACAAGGUGAAUAGUUUGGUGUCAUAUCGCUUGCAGCCUAGAGGUUCAGACUUUUGUGCCACAAUUGACAGUACCACUCUCAGUUCUAAGAGUCAUGGAGCUACAAAGGUUGUGAAGGAAAGGGUUGACAAGGAACCAAGAGUUGGGAAGGAUAAGGAUGAGAGAGGACCAAGGAUUGAGAAGCCACGUCUUGAGAGGGCUAGAGUUGAGAAACCACGUCUGAUAGGCCACGAGCUGAUCGACUUGUUCAAGCCCCUUGUGUGCUUGAUGAAGAGAGCCUUCAAGCUUUGUUUGAUGAGCCACUAG